AAGUACAAACUUCAGCCAAAAAAAAAAAAAAAGGUACAAACUUCUGUAUUCGGCUUCGCCGCAGGAGUUUCUCUUUUACCCAGCUCGUUAAACCCCAAAUGGGUUUUUUCAGAAGAGCGUCAAAGUCGCUGAAAUCAUCCAAGUGCUUGUCUCUUUUGCACAAUUCUUCAAUAUUUGGAGGCAACCCAAUUUUUGGAAGAUUGAAUUCUCACCGUGUUGGAUUGAGUCAAACAUUUUGUUCUAGCUCUCGCCUAAACAGCGCAGAAAAUGUGAUAGAUUUGAACCAGUACCCUCUUGAAAGGGUUAGGAACUUUUCUAUUAUUGCCCACAUCGACCAUGGAAAGUCUACGCUCGCUGACAGGCUUUUGGAGCUCACUGGGACCAUUAAACGAGGCCGCGGUCAACCUCAGUACCUCGACAAAUUGCAGGUAGAGAGAGAAAGAGGAAUCACUGUGAAAGCCCAGACUGCAACCAUGUUCUACAAGCAUCAUUGUCAUGGUGCUGAUAGAGAUAAUAAUAAGCAAGAGGAACAGGGUUUUUUGUUGAAUUUGAUUGAUACGCCUGGUCAUGUGGACUUUAGCUAUGAAGUUUCAAGGUCAUUAGCAGCUUGUCAGGGAGCCCUUUUGGUUGUAGACGCUGCACAGGGUGUUCAAGCUCAAACUGUUGCUAACUUUUAUCUUGCUUUUGAAUCUAACUUGACUAUAAUACCUGUUAUAAACAAAAUUGAUCAGCCAACUGCUGAUCCUGAUCGUGUUAUAGCUCAACUAAAGUCCAUGUUUGAUCUCGACCCUGCUGAUGCUCUUUUAACAUCUGCGAAAACCGGGAAGGGUCUUGAGCUGGUACUUCCUGCAGUCAUUGAGCGCAUACCACCUCCUCCUGGGAUGAGCAAUUCACCUUUACGAAUGCUUUUGUUGGAUUCCUAUUACGAUGAAUACAAAGGAGUAAUAUGCCAUGUUGCUGUUGUUGAUGGCAUGUUGCGCAAGGGGGACAAGAUUUCAUCAGCAUCCACUGGCCAAGCUUAUGAAGUUUUCGAUGUUGGGAUCAUGCAUCCUGAACUCACUUCUACUGGAAUCCUCCUUACUGGACAAGUGGGUUACGUUGUGAGUGGCAUGCGUUCAACCAAAGAGGCACGAAUUGGAGACACCCUUCAUCAUAGUAAAAGUGUUGUUGAGCCUCUUCCUGGGUUCAAGCCUGUAAGACAUAUGGUAUUCUCUGGUCUUUAUCCUGCUGAUGGAUCAGAUUUUGAGGCGCUUAACCAUGCAAUAGAGAGACUGACAUGUAACGAUGCAAGUGUCUCCAUUGCUAAAGAGAGUAGUACAGCCUUAGGUCUAGGUUUCAGGUGUGGUUUCUUAGGUUUGCUUCACAUGGAUGUUUUUCAUCAGAGACUUGAGCAGGAAUAUGGAGCUCAUGUUAUUUCUACAAUUCCGACUGUUCCUUACAUCUUUGAGUAUGCUGAUGGGAGCAAAAUUUCAGUUCAAAAUCCUGCCGCAUUGCCCUCAAAUCCAAAGCAAAGAGUGGUUGCUUCUUGGGAACCAACAGUUUUAGCUACAAUCAUUAUUCCUAGUGAGUAUGUGGGGCCUAUUAUCACCCUUUGCUCUGAGCGGAGAGGGGAGCAGCUGGAGUAUACAUUUAUUGACAGCCAACGAGUUUUCAUGAAAUAUCGCUUACCUUUGAGGGAAAUUGUUGUUGACUUUUACAAUGAAUUGAAGAGUAUAACAUCAGGAUAUGCAUCAUUCGAUUAUGAGGACUCGGAAUAUCAACAGUCUGACUUGGUGAAACUUGAUAUCCUGUUGAAUGGACAACCUGUUGAUGCAAUGGCAUCCAUUGUGCAUAAUUUAAAGGCACAACGAGUUGGUCGUGAACAGGUGGAGAAACUGAGGAAAUUCAUAGACAGGCAAAUGUUUGAGAUAAUUAUACAAGCUGCCAUUGGAUCAAAGGUUGUUGCAAGAGAAACGAUUUCUGCUAUGAGGAAAAAUGUUCUGGCUAAGUGUUAUGGUGGGGAUGUUAGUCGGAAAAAGAAGCUGUUGGAGAAGCAAAAGGAAGGAAAGAAGCGAAUGAAGCGUGUUGGUUCUGUCGAUAUACCCCAAGAAGCAUUUCAUCAGCUGCUUAAGGUUUCAUAGAAAGGAAUGCCCAAAAAAGAAACAAACAGCCAUAUCUGCAAGUAAUAAACUGGCUUUCACUGUUACCCCUGAAGUCACAUUUAUAUUAUCUUCCUCUUAAUAGUUGCAUGUGACCUUAACAGUCUUCGGAAUGAUAUCUUAACGUUCAGGAGAACCAGUAACCAUGAAGCAGUUACUACUGAUUCCCAGCUUCUGAACGAUAUGUUUGAUGAUAAUUUCAUGGUGAGGAUUUUACAACAGGGUAAAAGGGAUAUAGAACAUUCUGGAGCUAAUAAAGAAGCAAAGAGGGUGCCUUGGCUCCAACCAAGAAUUCAUAUCAUAUGUUAUCAACAUAAACUUUCCUUUUGGUCCACACUCUUUCUUUUCCAGACCAUUGACCGAUGAGGAUUAUGUACAUAAAAUUGUAACACAAUUUUGUUCACCAGAGACCAAAUGUGAGAGUAGUUUCAUUGUGUAGUAUUGACGGUAUGAAUUGCCGUCGAGAAAAUAAAAAAGCAAAUUUUUUUUAUUAAGCAGUUGAUGGGAUUAAUUAGCAUUGAAAUUUCACCAAAUUUGAAGUUAUCAAUUUAUUCAUUUUAUUAUGUGUUGUUCAUUAUGAAAUAUAAUUGAUCCAAUGAGUUCACUUUUGUUCAAUGA